UCAGAUAAUUACAUUUAAGACAUGUAGGCGGGACCAAAAGCGGCCGUUCAGACGCUCUUCAUGUGUCUGUCAAGUGAAUUGGGUCUGUUUUUUAAAAGCCCGUGUAAACCGUUGCGUGCAAAGCUUAAUUUAAUAUUUGCGUUAGAAGCUGCAGAUUUUGGUGUUUACUGAUAUUCCCACUCAGCGGAUACCAUGGGUGAGGUGGAGCUGUCCUGUCGCGCUUACGUGAAGAUGUAUCUGCACGCCUGCCUCUUUCCGCGCUGUAGCAUCAAUGGCCUGCUGUUGUCGUCCAGCCCAACAGGUGGCGCUGUUUGCGUGACUGACUGUGUCCCGCUGCUCCACUCCCACCUGCCCCUGGCUCCUAUCACCCAGCUGGCCCUUACACAGGUGGAUGUUUGGUGUUCACAGACUCAGCAGAGGAUAGUGGGAUACUACCAAGCCAACGCCUGCGUGUCUGAUAACAGCCCGACGCCGUGUGCACUGAAGAUCGCCGAUAAGAUUGCAGAGCAGUUUGACAAUGCAGUUUUAUUAAUGCUCGAUGGCAGUAAGAUGUCUCCAGACUAUCGGGUUCCUCCCAUCGUGAUGUACGAGCGCAAAGACUCAAGAUGGAUACUCAAAGACAAACACACGAUAAUGCUGAGACAGUGGGAGGAGACUCGGGCCAUAGCGAGCCAGAUGAUGGAGUCAGGUGACCACACGCUAUUGGUGGAUUUCGACAGCCACCUGGACGACAUCACAAAAGACUGGACCAAUCAGAAACUUAACACCAAGAUAGAGGAGCUCGCCUCGCCGGCCAAUGGAAAUAUUUAGACUGAAGAGUAGCAUCACUUUGUUUUUCCUGCGCAAAUGUGAUUUUUACAGAACAAUGCACACUCGACACAGAGUUUAAGGAGACGUUUAUUUUUUUCCGAGUGAACAAGGACAUAUAUGCAUAAAUAACAAUAUUUACAUCUCACUAGUUUCCCGCCCAACCCCAGAGUGUGCCUUGUGGUCCAUCCCAAUACCCUGCUCAUUUAAAGGACACUUCCACCUUAAAGUCCUCCUCUAACACUACUACAACAUAUAUAUAUAUAUAUAUGUUUCCCCUCUUUCCCUUAGUUUAUGCAUUAGUAUGAUUCCAGCAAACAAUACAUGAAACAAGAUGGACAAAAGGACAAAAAUGCGUUACAAUACUAAAAUCCUGCAGUAAAUAUCAAGUUAGAUGAAGCUCAAAAUAUUUGUUUUCCA